UACGACUCUGCUGAAAACGGCUUUUCCCCGCAGCCUCGGAUGAGCGGCGCAGGAGGCGCGGCUGGAGCGCGGUGGCGCCCGGAGGGAGCGGGGCACGGGCAGCCGCGCCGGGACUGCAGAAGCCGCAGCUCCGGAGGAUUGGGAAAGGAAUGCAACAGAAGGCCUUUGAGGACACCAAAUCCACGUGGCAGGAAUCGCUGGACCAUGCCGGUGCCCGCAUGCCAUUUCGCUGCCCCCGGUGUGGGGACCACGCCCGGUUUAGGAGCCUGUCCUCCCUGAGGGCCCACCUGGAGUACAGCCACGCUUUCGAAAGUGGCCUCUUCUCUCCUCUCAAGGGAGGCCAGGGUUCCUCCUCCCACCCCCAGACCCAGGGCACCUUCCGGGAUGGGGGCAGCGGCGUCCUGAAGCCACGGCUCUCCUACCUGAACUUCUGCGAGCCAGAAGACCCUCUGCCCAGGAGGCCCCUGGCAGGAGAGGCAGAAUGGCCAGCCGACUUGGGGUCCGGCCACGCCUCGGCCGAGCUGGGCUGGGACCCCACCUGGAAGGCCAUGGACUCCAGCGCUUCCUUCGAGGCCCACGUGCGGGAAAAGUUCAACCACAUGGUGGAAGCCGUCGACAAGACCAUCGAGAGACGGAUCGACAACCUCUCACGGGAGCUGUCCCGAAAGACGGCUGAGCUCUUAGAAGUCCGGGCGGCCUUUGUGCAGCUCUCGCAGAAGAAACAGGAGGUGCAGCGGCGCGAGAGGGCCCUGAACCGGCAGGUGGACGUGGCGGUGGAGAUGAUUGCGGUGCUGCAGCAGCGGCUCUCCGAGUCGGAGGAGGAGCUGCACCGUAAAGAGGAGGAGGUUGUGACCUUUAAUCACUUCCUGGAGGAAGCGGCUGAGAAAGAGGUCCGUGGGAAAGCCCGGCUGGAGCGUUUCAUCGAGAACCUGCUGCAGCGGGUCGACCAGGCGGAGAAGCAGCUGGAGAAGUACCAGCAUCAGCAUCUGCUGGGCAGCUCCGGAGACCUCAGCCAACAUCUGUUUACAGAUCUGUCAUCUUUCAAGAAAGCCAGAUGCCUCUGGGGGUACCCACACAGUUCUGGUAGCCCCCCUGACCCCAAACCUCAUUCGCUUCAGAAAGGGCGGCUCUUCCUGAAGAAAGUCAAGGACGACAGACUCGGAGGCGGCCCUCACCCCGUCAAGUGGUUGUAUGAACCGGCGGAAGGCUGCCGGGACAUUGGGAGGCCCCAGAAGAAGGCGGAGGCAGCCAACAACAUUGCCCGAAAGGUGAACGCAAAAUCAAAAAUCGGGAAAAAGAGCAAACCGGUUUACUGAGGCGCCCAUAUAUCCCUGUGGUACACAGACACAUCUACACACACGUGUAGGUGUGUCUGUGGGGCUAGAGAGAUCGAUAUAUCUAUAUUCUAACAUAGUUCGCUUUUGAACCAGAAGCUCUUGGCUGGAGAUCCCCAGAUGGCCCCUCUGGGGCUCUGCUACGGUUGGCCUGGAGGGCCCAUGGCAAUUCCAGGGUGCAGCGUCUGCCCAUCGAGGAGGGAAAUAAUUAGGGGGACUGGCUUCCCGGAAGCUGCACGUAGCAAACCACCAUCAUCAUCAUCUCUUUCCCUACUCAUUUGGGCAAGGACUUGAUAUAUUUAAGAGAUAAAUCGAGAUUGCAUAUGUAAAUGGCCUCAUUUCCAUGUGACUUUGAACGAGAGGUGCUGCUUUAUUUAUUCUCAACAGCUGAUUUCAGCUGAAGCUGAAACAAACUGGGAGCCUUUCGAUUCGUUUCCAAGCUUGUUCCUGCGGUUUACCCGGAAUAUCACAGAGAGAUACUUUGGGCAAACCAUUUCAACGUAAACCCUUUUCCUGCCAUCAGUCUGGAGGAAUCCAUUCUCCCUGGCACCUUGAAAAUCCACUUUUUAUUAUUGUGAGGGGUGAGGCUGGCAAGGGGUAGAAAUGUUGCAAUCCCCCCUCCCUUUCCCAGCUCCAUCGCUUCACUAUGAGAAGUGUGUGUGAGACACAGGUCAUCACACCUUUACGGGCUGCAUGUUGUUGAGAUGCGCCCCUGUCGCUCCUUGCAAUGCGCAAGGGAAGCGCAUAAUAUACUGUGUAUGGAGGAUACCCGAAAUCUCUACCCCCCAUCCCCCCUAGUGAUCAAAGAUUUGGAAGAUCUUGCUGUCCUCUCAUGGGGCAUCCACAUUCCCACCCAAGUGAGUUGGCUGUUCUUGCAUGGGGAGGCUCUGAGGAACCAUGGCUAAACUCUCCCAAGACUUCGGCCAUUUAACAACAUGCAAUUGUCGGUUGAUUGGGGGAAUUGUUAUUGUUAUAAUGCCAAUAUAAUAUACUGUUAUAACGCCAUUGCUCAGAGGGCCUCCUGCCAAUGCGAAGGGCAAGCAGAAGCAUCUAGCUCUUCCACCUGCACAGCUCUGGAGGCAGGAGGGGCCUUGCUGUGCCUGAUGGAUCAUAGACAAAUCUUGGCCGAGGGCAGUGGUGGACACAGGGAGUUGGCCGCAGAAGCUAAACCAACAGCUGCCUAUCCCUGGUCUUUUGGCCAGCGGAGCAAGGAAGCCAGAGGUGGUAUUCACUUACCUUCGCUACCAGCUUGCAAGUGUGGCAUGAGCAGAGAGUCAAAAACGGGAUGAUGUCCGGGCGGGUAAGCGGAGCCUCCUGCAGCUGCCACUACCAGUUCGUGCGAACCGGAUAGAACCAGCUAAAUACCACCACUGAAGGAAGCCUUCAGCAAAAAGUUCCCUCUGCUUCGGAUUGGGAGACAAGGCCAAGGACAGAAGCCACUUCCCCUCGUUGGUCUCCCCAGGAGCUUCUGACUUUGCCAAAGAAAGAAGGGGGGAAAAAACUGGGGUGAGAUUUCACUGACGAAGCCUCUGGAGUUCCUUUCCCUUCACCCAUUGUGUCUUCUCCAUUGCUCUGGGUGGCCGUCCUUCGUCUUCAUGCCAAAUUUACAGAUAUUUUAACCUCCUCUCCCGUACGAAAAAUAUAUUCCCCCGAAUAACCCAACACUCCUUUUUAAAUGCUUCUGAUAAAAGAUGUACAAUGUCUUUAUGUGACACAGUGGUUCUGCGGUAAGCGUAUUAAGCCUUGUGGAUUGUUUUUCCUUACAAGAUUUAAAUUUACUUAGGGGAGAGAAAAAAAAAAAAACAUUGGUAGGAAUGUGGCAAUAAAAAAACAGGGUUUGCAAUAUAUUUAAACCGAGGUGGAAAAACAAAGCAUUUGUAACUGUAGGGAUCGAUCGAUCUGUUAAAACGUUGCUUCGUUUUAUAAUGUCAAGGGAAUUUUUUUUUUUGGCACAUGUCCAGCUUCCUGCUUCAACUGAUAGUUGGAGGACCCCAAAUAUCCCAGCUGUAGCUGGGCUCACACCUCUGACCUGCAUAGAUCUAGAUAACCACUAGGUGGGGACAUUGUGUUGGAAUUUCUGUAUCCAGUUGCCUUCAUCCACCCGUUGGCCAGCAGGUGGCAGCCCCAGAUUGCAUGGCCCUGAAAACAAGCCUCACCCAGCCCCCAUCUGAUGUAGGGGACCCCUCUGUCUGUUCUUAUCCCAAUUUCCUGGGGAAAUUUCCUUCCCACACUUAAGAAAAAUUCUUUGCCCUGGAAGUAUGUUGUAAAGCCAGCCACCCUGCGCGAUGCUCCCUGUGUCUCCCCAUGGCCCCAACAACCCUGUUUCCCCGAAAAUAAGACAUCCCCUGAUAAGGCCAAUCGGGCUUUUGAGUGCAUGUGCUAAAAUAAGCCCUCCCCAAAAAGAUUUAAAUGCAGAGCUCGAAAUCAGGUAAGACGGCAAGAGGAGCCCCAUCUUGUUCCAUGCGCCUAGGGGUGAAAUCCUACCGGUUCGGGCGAACCGCUAGGGAUUAUGGGCAUCAGUUCGCCAAACCGGUAGUAAUUACCCCUCCUUGGCCCCACCCACGCCCAGCCGAUUGCCGCUCACCUCUUCCGGCCGCUCGAUAUUCCACAGAAUUCAAUGUUAAACGCAGCAGAGAGAAUGCUAGCUUUUCUCCCUCCAUUCAGAACGGAGCUGCUGCAGCCUAUCCUUUUAAGGUAGUCCCCAGGAGGGAAGGGGGGGAGCAGUUUUUGUGAAAGGCAGGAAAAUGGGGAAAGGGAUUUUCCUGCCCGUCAUCCAUUCCUCAAUCUCAGCACAGACUGAGGGAAGGAUGGUAGGCCGGAAUAUUCCCUUCCCCAUUUUCCUGCCAUUCGCGACAAGGAGUGGCUGGGAGGGGAGGGGCCGGUGAGGAGCCUCGAUGUGAGUGAUGUUGAGUUGGCCACACCCACCCAGUCACAUGACCUCCCCCCAACAAGCCACGCCCAAAGAACUGGUAGGGGAAUUUUUUAAUUUCACCCCUGCAUGCGCCCCAAAAUAAUAAGACCUCCCUGAAAAUAAGGCCAAACGCCUAUUUUGGGGUUCAAAAAAAAUAUAAGUCAAGGUCUUAUUUUCGGGAAAACAUGGUAGCUGAUAGCCUUCUGGCUGUGGCCUCAGCAGCUGGCUGGGGUAGGAAAGGGGUCCCUAGGAACUCCCCCUCCCAACAGAUCCCUGCACCCUUCCUUGGGGAUUUCAGCUCAGAGCUGGGGAACACAGCCUCAGCAGAGCUGCUGGGCCUCUGGCUCCAGGGGGCUCUAAAGGGGUUCAUGAAGAGAGAGGGGCCUCUUUGUAGCAGCUGCUCCUGGAGCUUUGCAAUGCCGACUUCCAUCCUGGGUUCUUUCUGAGCCUGGCCGGAAGGGCUGCCUCUUUCCUGGAGGGUCCUUGGCUGCUCCUUCGUCCGUCCCCCCAAAGGGGACUGGGUCCGUUUCCAUCUUCACCUGCAAUUGCUGUUUCUCAUGACAAAAGACCGAGGGCAGGUCGUUUCCUUGCUAUACCCUCAAAAGCUGAAUCAAUCAGUUCCAAAGCAGUUGGAAUGCACUGUAAUGCCAAAAAAAAAAAAAAAGAGGAAGAAAUACAUUUUAGAUGACUAUGAAAAAGUCUAAUAAAGAUUAUAUUUCUCAGUUA